GGAAUUACAAGAAUUCUCGUCAACGACAACGAAACCCCCAACUUCGGGGAAACCGGAAGUGGAGAAUAUGUCGCUGGAGCAGACGGAAGAUCUGAAGGCGUUUGAGCGCCGUUUAACCGAAUAUAUUGCUUUUCUCGGACCAUCAACAAGAAGAUGUCGAAUUAUGUUGAUAGUAGUAUCGGUGUGUACAGCAACAGGUGCUUGGGGAUGGAUCUUUGACCCCAUGACAUCUCAGGUAACUUUCUUCCAGUCACUAUACAACCAUCCAUUUUUUGCAAUCAGCUGUAUAACUUUAAUAAUACUAUUUCUUGGAGGAAUACAUAAAAGAGUAGUUGCACCGUCAAUAAUUACAGCAAGAGUUCGGACAAUUUUAGCAGAUUACAACAUGUCUUGUGAUGAUACUGGAAAACUCAUAUUAAAACCAAGGCCGACCACAUGACAAUGACUGCAUACAACUCUACUAUUAUUGACCUAUUAAUAUCCAACCAGGGUUGGCAUUUACGUGAACCAGUGCAUUCUCAUAAUCAUAUUGCUUUCAAAGCCUGAAUUCAGCGUAAUUUUUGAGAAAGUGAGCUCUUCCAAUUCUGAGGUCAAAUGGAUUCCAUCUUCACCAUAGGUUUUUUAAUAGGUAGUGUUUGUAUGCAAUUCAUAUGUAUUCUAUUUUAAGAUGCCUGAGAAUGGUGCUUGCCAAAAAAGUUGUGACAAGGCAUCGUCAAGAUAACAGUUACAGUCAUUCUUUUUGAAUUUUGUAUAAUUAACUCCAGCUAAAUCUUGCAUAGUCAGAUAAAGCUGCGUUCAAUAUUAAUUGUACACGUUGCAGGGAUGUCAAUUUGUUUUUUUAAUGCACAAACAUAUACCGGUAAUUGGUGUUAGUACAGAAAAUUUACUUUAACUCAGUCUUGGCAAUUGCAUAAUAGAUGGUCUAACGUUCUGAGUGGGUUAGAGGCUUUGGAUAACUAAAACGUGUUAAAGGGAAGGGUCAAAGGAGAUUUCAAAUACUGGGAAAAUCGGGAUACCCUAUUGUUUAUUUCAUUAUCACAAAUUGUCCUGUUUUGACAUAAAAUUGGGAAGAGUACGUCUCUGGCAGGUGAGGUUUGAAUAUAUUGCAUAUUUUAUGUAUUUUUUGAAGCUGGUUGAAAUGAACAAGAGCCACACAAGUUAUAUUCUUGUUGGAGCAUUGUAGACGCAUCUUCCUAACUAUUGUUGAAAUUCUAUUGAUUUUGUACUUUCCACCCUGAUGUGUCAAAGCUGUUCUGUAAACUCAACCGUCAAGCCUUUCUCAUGUGUACAUCCACCAACACUUGCAUUUAUUGUAUGCUGGAUCAUUGAAACAAUCUACUGGACAAUAUAUAUAUACAUCAUUCUGUAUUUUUAUUUUAGUGCAUAUUAAAUAAU